CGAAACCGGGAGCCAUUUCAUCGCAGCAGCGAGCCCGGUGUAACCAUCAAGAUUACCGGCCGCGGCGGUUGCGCCAAGUACUGUGGUACAGCUCCAUCACCCGGCAACAUUUCAUUCUCCAGUUUUCGUCAGUCCUUCACUUCCAAUGUCAACUACCUGAAACGGAGGUUCUCAUCAGGGGACCUAAGCUCGGAACUCGACGAUGAGCCCAACGCAGAUCCUGGGCUGGCCACCGUGGGCCGGCAGGACUCGUCCCAGCCGUAUCAGGCGGUGUCGGACCGACCCCUGCAGUCCCAACCGGGCCCAAUACCACCGCCGUCGCAGCCGCCGAUCCCGGGCGCGCCACCCCAGGGACCGCCACAGCCCAUCGGAGGUGAUCUUAGCCUCAACCUGAGACCCGGCUCGCGGACCACCAGCGCACCAUCUUCGCCAGCAAAGACACGGGAAAGUUUGCUUCAGCGAGUGCAGAGCUUAACCGGCGCCGCUCGCGAUCAGGGUGCUUCUAUUCUGGGAGCGGCAGUAUCUGGCGCGACGCGAGGUUCAUCAUACAGCAAAGACCGAUGCUUCACUCUGCUGGUGAUCGACGACCAGAACACCGAUUGGAGCAAAUACUUUCGAGGGCGCAGACUGCAUGGCGAUUAUGAGAUCCGUGUGGAACAGGCAGAAUUUCGAGAACUGUCCCUGACAGCAAGCGAGGCGGGCACUGUUGUAUCCAUGGCUGUCUAUCGUAACGGGACCAAAGUUAUUCGAUCCUUCAAACCUGAUUUCGUAUUGAUACGUCAAAACCUGCGAGAUGCUGGAGAAGAUCAUAAAAAUCUUCUUCUUGGUCUGAUGUAUGGCGGUGUACCCAGCGUUAACAAUAUCACAGCAAUUUACAACUUUCAGGAUAAACCUUGGGUAUUUGCUCACCUGCUGGGACUACAACGUCGCUUAGGUAAAGAUACCUUUCCUCUGAUUGAACAGAGUUAUUAUCCCAAUCAUCGCGAAAUGGUAAGCGCAUCUCGAUAUCCCGUCGUGGUGAAACUGGGCCACGCCCACGGCGGAACCGGCAAGGCCCGUGCGGAAACAAAUCAGGAAUUUCUAGAUCUCGCUUCAUUGGCAGCUAUGGCGAAUACUUACUGCACGGCGGAACCCUAUGUCGACACCAAAUACGACGUGCACGUACAGAAAAUAGGGAACAAUUACAAAGCUUUCAUGCGGAAAAGUAUAAGCGGAAACUGGAAAUCGAACACCGGAUCUGCUAUGCUGGAGCAGCUUUCUGUGAGCGAGCGACAUCGUACAUGGAUUGACCAUGUGGCACAAUUAUUCGGAGGAUUGGAUAUCUGUGCGAUUGAAUUGCUGGUGGGCAAAGAUGGUCGGGAGCACAUUAUUGAGGUCAAUGAUAGUGCUCUAUCGUUAAUGGGUGAUUCUCAGGAAGAAGAUCGACGUCACAUAGCAGAUUUAGUCACGGCAAAGAUGCAGGUUUACUGUCGACCUCCGAGCGUACUGACAAAGACGGCCUCGCGAGGCUCGAUGUCGGGUUCUAGUCAGGUGAGUAGUCCUGUAGAAGAUCGAACUGCACCUCCAACUGCACCCUUGGGAUCUCAUGGAAGUAUGGGUUCCAUGGCCAGUAUAGGGAGCUUAGGUUCCUUAGGUUCCACCGCACCAAUAACAGGUGAUGUCACCGUAUCGGAUAGUCAUCAUCAGUUGCAACGGCGUGACUCUCAAGCUUCUCAAUCAAGCACAGUGAGCAGUGCGCCGUCCGUCGGCCGACGCACCGAAGAACCACCAAUAUCCAGAGUGCCGUUCCAUCGACAAGGUAGUCAGUCGCAGGCCCAGGGUGAAGAUACCGAGGACACUAUGAAGAAUCUGCGAAAGACCUUUGCAGGAAUUUUUGGCGACAUGUAGACCACAAGAUAUGGCCGACGUAGCGAGAGCGUAGACGUCGGGAGCUCUCGCGGAGAGGUAGCUAAUGAUAAUAAGUCGGCAACAAUAACACGAACUCACGAAAUUCUCCGGCGAUCCCUAAGCAUGUUCCACGACUGAAGCGCAUCCCGACGCGCCGAUUCGUGCGGAAGUUGAUGCGAAGCAUGCAGAUAUCUAUAUAUUUGCAGAUUGUCGUAACUCGAAACUCGCGAAACUGCAUGCCGCGCGAAAUGCACUCAUCAUUUAAAUUUAAUUGAAAGUUAUUAGAGAAUGAAAACUUUUUACCGUUCGCCUUCCAAUUAAAGCACUGAAAAUACAAACACUAAGUCGCACGGUCUAAGGCGCUAAAACAAAAUACUUAAAUACUUGGUUCGAGUUUCUUCAGAACUUGGAUCUGGACUUAGUCUUGCAUCUUUAGUGUUUUAAUCACGAACAUAAAUCAAGCGAUUGCAGGCUUUAGUAAAAAAGGUGAAAAAUAAAGAUUUUCCCUUUUAAAUAAUAAAUUAACACGCUGUAGGAGUAGGUUAUAUAUAUCGAGGAAAUCAUGAUUAUCAUCAUGAUUGUGCGAAUGUAUACAUUGGAGAAUAAAAAGUAGGUUCUAUGUAAUCCGUAUACACUGACGAAUUAAAUAAGAGCUAGGCAAGUUCAGUCAAAGAAAAUGAUAACUCAUUUACUAUCAGCUUGAUGUCAGUUGAAUUGCUACUGCGAUAUCCAGUGAAACAUUUGCGUCAAUCGCACAUAACGCGCUCUCUCACUAUGAAAACAGGAAUCGCUCCGUAGGCCCCUGGCAUCUCCUCAACCGGUUUUACUUCGAGCACCCACUUUUAGGCUUAACGUUCGGAUCGUCGUGUGUCAUAUUGUCAUUAAGGAAAAGGCAUUGCGAGAUAGAAAUUAAGGCAGGCAAUGGGCGUCUUUUGGGCGAUCUCGCAGUGUUUGUAAAAAUAUUCGUACGCCUAUGUCAUUCGAGAUAAUCGAAGACGAUAAAAAAAGAGGAGAUUCGGGCAUUAUUCUGAACAUUUGGCUAACCGAGACUGCAAGCGGUCGUUUGGUUUCAUCGAGGACUACAAGUCGAAAAUAUGUGUAAUUAUCCCUAUUAUUAAGCGCACAAGUAGUUAUUAAGAUAACCAGGGAUGGGCGAAGUUUUUCGAUAUCGCGAAAUUGAAUUUUUCAAAUCUAAAUCCAAAUCCGCGAGUUCUCUGUCCGACAAUAAUGAACAAAUCGAAAAAUCAAUUCGCGGCACGCUAAUAAAUUCAUAAUGAGAAUAUCUCAUGUAGAUCCUCCAAUUGAUGAUGAAAAUUUAUCGCGCAUCCCGAAAAUGGCGACAUUUUUUUCUCUUAAAUUUUCGCAUGUCAUCUGAUCGUUAAAAAGCGAUCACAUCGACGAUAGAAAAUUCAUGAAAAUUUAGUCGCUAGAAUUUUAGCAUUAAGAAAUCAUAUACACGAUGGAUAUUGGCGCGAUGAAACAACAAACUGUCGAGUUUGUCGAGUUAAACGAAAAUCUGGCAUGCAAUCGUAUAACGCGGAACAAUAUAGUCCCAAUACAUAGAUCUGCAAAUAUAUACAUAUACGCAUAUAUAUGUGCAAACAGGCGGAAUGUAGUACCGAUAAAGUAUAUCAGUUAAACGUAGCUAAAACUACGCGGAGCACAGUGCGAAGAAAAGGCAAGUUUCAUCAGAUGAUCGAUCAGAUUUAAUUUAAUAAAAUAAGACUAAAGAAGGGAUCACAGGAGAUAAUCGACCGUGGUUUCAGCUCUGAAGAAAGGAAGAAUCGAUAUUAUUGCGAUAGUUAUUGCGAAUAUAAACUCUGCUGAUGAAAGCAGUUGCCAAAUGUGAUAAAACAUUCAAGAAAUAUUAAUUAAUAUAUAAUCAGAUGAGAGAGAUAGAAAUAAAAAUGAGGACGUAAACUUAAACGAUAGAUAAGAAGAUCGAAAAGUAUCAAUUUAUUUGAAAAUACCUUAUUUGAAGCGCUGAUAAUAUAAAUUGA